UGUGUCAUCCGGUUCCGUGCACUUUUUUCAAGUGAAAAUGUGGCAAAUACAUUAUUUAGUAGCAUUGUUCAGCGUUGCGUCAACAUUCGGUGCACCACAAUUCAUCCAGGGUCCGCUCUAUUAUACGCCACAACGACAAUUUCAAUCAAUAAAACCAUCUGAACAAUACGUGUUGUUAUAUCCACAAUAUCAAUUGGUGGUGCCAAGAGAAGGUGAAGAAGGUGGAGAAGGAGACUCUUUUAGUUGGGCCAAUGUAUUUAAUUGCUUUUCUGGCGGCGGUGGUGGUUCACUUCGUGCUGUAAUUCCUCCUGGUAUCGAUACAAAGCACCCGGAUGGUGAGCAAGACCAAAAAGAAUCAACGGACAAAAAUCAAAUUGAUCGAAAACCAUCGAAACCAUAUCAAUAUAUUUUGCCUCCGGCACCCGAUUUCAAUUAUUACUUUCCCCAACCCGAUCUUUUUGCACGGCCACCCAUAUUUCCCAAAUACAUUGCAAGCAAUUCGAUCACAUUUCCAAGAGUUAGGCUUGUCAACCAGCAAAAAGACCCAAGGAGUAUUGAAUCAAGCACGGAAAUUCCAUCUAUAACAAGCAAUGGGCAUGCAAACGAAAAAAACGUGAAUUAAAAACUUAUUCGACACACACAUUUUUUUUGGAAACAUAAAAUAGUUUAUUAACGAUGAUGUUUAA